CUCGAAUCUUAGUUUGUUAGUCAUCUCACUUCCACGAUGAGGUAUAUCACCUUUAUGCUGAUGGCGACAGCAUUAGACGUUAUAUGGUCUCAAGACGAGGAAAUGACUUCCAUUGGCUCGGAAUGGGAAAAGUUAAACGAAUUCGAAGCGACCUAUAGGGAGUAUUCUGAAGCCGCGCGAAACGUCAUCACUACUGCAACUGACGUCAUUAAUGAAGUUAGGUCUGAAUCUGCAGGUUUUGUUAACCGGUUCUUCAACAACUCUAUGCAAACAGUCAACGCCAAAAACAUAUCCAGAGAAAGUUGUUCUGAAGACGUUUUCGACUAUAUGAAAAUGAGAAGGAAAUUUUUCACCCUUUUAACCAGAUCCGAAACACCGCUCCUCUCACACAUAUCAGAAUUGGAAGAGAAAUUAACAGGAAUCAACACAACUAUACGAGCAUAUCAUGAAGUGGCCUCGAGCAAAUAUUGGAGUUGUAAAAUGUCUAACGAGAGUUGUAUAGAUGCAAUAAACAAAUGGUUAGAUGAAGAAACGAAAUCGAUCGCUUGCAGAUUGAAACAUUGUCAGUUUAAUACGACAAGACCCAAGAGGACUCCGAGACCUUGCGAAUACGACGAAUUCACUUGCAACGACAGGCGCUGCAUCAAGAAGAGUUGGAUCUGCGAUGGUCAGUUCGACUGCAGUGACGGCAGCGACGAGCCUGCAGGAUGCUCCAGAUCUUGUAGAGAAGGUUUCCACUGCUUCCGGACGCUGCGAUGCAUCGACCGAUCGCUGGUUUGCAACAACUUCAACGACUGCGGGGACAGGACUGAUGAAUUGUACUGUGGCGUUAUCUUGAAGAAAAACAACGAUUCCUAUUGCAGCAUCGAGAACGGGCUCUUCAAGUGCUCCAAAGACAAGUGUAUAAGCAUUCAACAUGUCUGCGAUGGAAAACGCGACUGCGAUGAUGGUGUUGAUGAAGAAGCCCUUUGUGGAAAGGGAGACUGCCCUGAGGAAUGUCUGACGAAUGGGGGCGUCUGUUUUCACGGACCCCAAGGACCGCUCUGCUUCAACGAAUGUCCUUUCGGGACUUUCGAGUCCCCAAAAGGUUGUACGACGUACCCGUACCUUUACAACAGCACCAUCUCUGAUCUCUUGGAGGGCAUUCCAGUGUUGACUGCCAGCCAUCAUGCCAAGUUCGCAUAUCUGAAAAUGAAAACAGUCUAUGAUUUUUCUGUAGAACUAGCGAAUGUUAUAAAAUGUCAACUCGGCAUGUCCUUUUCUAAUUAAUUAAAAUUUCAUUUAUAAUAUAC